AUGGUGACUGGGACUGCAGCCACUGUUGCUUCCGCCCUUGCUGCAAAUCGAGCUUUUGAUGUAACCCCUGUCACUGUCUGCACUCUCGGCACAUCGCCAUUGACUGCCGCUGCAGCCAGUGCAGCUGCAGCUGCCACUGCUGCCACAUCUGCUGCGGCUGCCACAACUAUCACCACCAGUGCCACCACUGCCCCUGUGAGCACCACUGUUGCCACUCAAAAUGGCAGUGUCACCAACCCCAUUACAACCACUGCUACAGUCAGCAGUGCCACACUCAAUAUUGUCACAGUUAUAAGUACUAGAGUCAGUGGCGCUACAGUCAGUGGCGCUACAGUCAGUGGUGCUACAGUCAGUGGUGCUACACUCAGUGGUGCUACAGUGAGUGGUGCUACAGUCAGUGGUGCUACAGUCAGUGGUGCUACAGUCAGUGGUGCUACAGUCAGUGGUGCUAAAGUCAGUGGUGCUACAGUCAGUGGUGCUACAGUCAGUGGUGCUACGGACAACUGUGCAACAGACAAUGGCGGUACAGUCCAUGUCGGAAGCGCAAGAAGAGGAAGCGCAAGCAGAGGAAGCCUAAGCAGAGGAAGCGCAAGCACAGGAAGCACAAGCAGAGGAAGCACAAGCAGAGAAGCGCAAGCAGAGGAAGCGCAAGCAGAGGAAACGCAAGCAGAGGAAGCACAAGGAGAGGAGGCGCAAGUAGAGGAAGCACAAGCAGAAGAAGCACAAGAAGAGGAAGCGCAAGCGGAGGAAGCACAAGCAAUAAAAGCACAAGCAGAAGAAGCGCAAGCAAAGGAAGCACAAGAAGAGGAAGCCCACUCAGAGGAAGCACAAUCAGAGGAAGCGCAAGUAGAGGAAGCGCAAGCAGAGGAAGCACAAGCAGAGGAAGCACAAGCAGAGGAAGCGCAAGCAGAGGAAGCACAAGAAGAGGAAGCGCAAGCAGAGGAAGCGCAAGUAGAGGAAGCAGAAGCAGAGGAUGCGCAAGUAGAGGAAGCACAAGCAGAGGAAGCACAAGCAGAGGAAGCGCAAGCAGAGGAAGCAUAA